CCACACUUUGAUCAAGCAGAGGUCAAGGGUGAAUUGCCUCAGAUUUAUAAGUUAACUCGGUCGCAUGGGACUAGUCAGUCACUGUUGCACUCAAUACCAGUUGGAAUAUACCAGUAUAGACAGAUGUCGGCGCAAACGCUCGUACAACCUCAGAAACAAACCAUCCUGGAUCCAUCGGAUAAGUAUCGGCCAGAGCCCAUUUACGCGGGAAAACUGGAGAGCGAGUUCAGGGAUUACUCUGUAGAUCCAACCGACCCGGUAAAGGAACGCGUCCGGAAUACCUACCACAAGAUGCACACGAAUCAAACUGUCGAGUUCGUGCAAUCUCGCAUGAAAGAAUGGCUUCGUUUCGACAAAUUCAAGAUGACCGUAAAAGAUGCUUUGAUCAAAUUGAACAACUUAGUGGACGAGAGUGAUCCGGACACAAGUUUGCCAAAUAUCGUGCAUGCUUUCCAAACCGCAGAAUCCAUAAGAAAAGAGCAUCCUGACUUGGAUUGGUUCCACUUGACCGGACUGAUUCACGACUUGGGCAAGGUAAUGGCGUUUUAUGGUGAACCACAAUGGGCAGUUGUGGGUGACACGUUUCCCGUCGGAUGUGCUUGGGCUGACUCUAUCGUAUACAGAGAAACUAGCUUCGAGGACAAUCCAGAUGCUAAAGACACUCGAUACAACACGAAAUAUGGCAUGUACAAACCGAAGUGCGGCAUUGAAAAUUUGUUGAUGUCCUGGGGUCACGACGAAUAUUUGUAUCGCGUCCUGGUGCACAACAAUACCAAACUACCUAAGCAGGCUUUGGCUAUGAUUCGUUAUCACUCGUUCUAUCCAUGGCACGCGGGUGGCGACUACAUGCACUUCUGUACUAAGAAAGAUAUAGAAAUGCUGAAAUGGAUCAACGAAUUUAACAAAUAUGAUCUGUACACUAAGAGCGGCGAGGUUCCCGACAUCGAGAAGCUCUGGCCUUACUACGAGAAACUGAUCGAUAAAUACAUCCCGGGUGUAUUAGAAUGGUGAAAAUGCAAAUCGUAAUAUUCAACGAUUGAUCAUCGAUUGAUCACAGAUUACUGGCUAUUGGCUACUGGCUUUCAACCAUCGAGUGUCAAGCGAUCGAUGACAAUCAAUUCCUAUCUGUGGCAAUGAGACUAAAAUAGAUUGGACGAUGCUGUACUUAUUUCUUAAUGAUUAACUUAAUACGCAAUCGCGGAUCCACUUCGUUUUUUGUCCGUUCCCUGAGACUCGAGAAAACGCGAUGGAAAAGAAGUGGUCGAUGCCAAGUCGAAUCGAAUGGAAUGGAAUCAGCUAAGCAAAACGAUCGAACAGGGACGAAAUGAUAAAAAUUGCAAUGUGCAAGGGCGAAUGAAUAACGGGGAAGAACGAUGAGCAAUGCUUUCCCUUUCAUCGAUUGUUCAACUUGCGGAAGGAAAUUCGUGGAAUGAUCGAUAGAAUUAAGGAUAGGUGCGAAACUGUUGACUAAAUAGAAAAUCCAGCAGUUUGGCGAAGGGAGGAAGAGGGGAAAGUCUGACAAGUAGGGAAUUAUCGUAUCGAGCGGACGAGUCACGAAACUCUUGCUUUUAUUCUUAGCUUAGCGUAUGUUGUGUUUGAUUCACUGAUCGAAUGCAUCUUUGCCGUUUCGUAUUCCAAAGGAAUGAGGAAUCGUCGACGCAAGACUCUAUGGUUGAUAUAAUUUAUACAAUCCUUGUUACUAGUCUUUAUUUAAUAUUUGUUAAAUAAAGAAUUUUUGUCAUACAA